GCAUCUUGAUCCAGUAUCCAAAUCGCAUUCACUCAAGCGAGUCCAACAUGAAAUUCCUACUUGUCGCCAUCCUCGUAGCCGCUGUACUCUUCACAGCACAAGCUAUUUCUGAUGAGCAGAAGACGAUCUUCAAGAAGUUCUACACAGAAUGCACCGAGUCCACCGGUGUCGAAGCAGAUCUGAUCGUGAAGAUGAGAAAAGCAGAGUUUACAGACAACGAUGAAAAAUUGGCAGCGUAUUACCACUGCAUGAUGGUAAAACUGGGAUUCCAAUCACCCGAAGGAGCCUUCAACGUGAACGCCAUCACCGACAAGAUUCCAGAGAACCUUAACAGAGAGGAUACCAUCAAGUCCAUCAAUCUGUGCGUUGCUUCGGCUGGUGAAGGCACUCCAGAGCAAUCCGCCUACAAAGUCUUCAAAUGCUUCAUCCAGUCCGUCGACAAGGAGAUCAAAUUUUUCUAAAAAAUAUUUUAUAAAUUCCGAUUGCUUUCUUCAAUAAAUAAAUAUAUAGAGUUUUGUAUUGUACCCAAAUCUGU